CUCUGGCUUCCUUGUUGGGUGAGUCGUCCAGGACCUUUGAGAAUGCACACAGAGCAUGCAUGUACCACAGCAACCUUGUGAUUGGGAGAGAAGCCCAUUUGGAAUUGAGAUCUGUACCCCAUCUCCUCAACUCACCCUGGGACAUUUACACUUUCAAGGUGACAUCAGAAGCAUGGCUGGCCACAAUAUCUCCAAGAAUUCCUCUUGCAAUCCUAUACUGACACCGCAUUUAAUCAGGCUCUAUUUGGUAGUGCUCAUUGGAGGAGUGCUGGGCGUCAUCUCCAUUCUGUUCUUUCUGGUGAAGAUGAACACGCGGUCUGUGACAACCACUGCUGUGGUGAACCUGGUGGUGGUCCACAGUGUUUUCCUGCUGACCGUGCCUUUUCGCUUGAGCUACCUCAUCAAGGAGACUUGGACUUUUGGGUUGCCUGUCUGCAAAUUUGUGAGUGCCAUGCUGCACAUCCACAUGUACCUCACAUUCCUGUUUUAUGUGGUGAUCCUGGUCAUCAGGUAUCUCAUUUUCUUCAAGCGCAGAGACAAAGUGGAAUUCUACCGGAAGUUGCAUGCUGUGGCUGCCAGCGCUGGCAUGUGGCUCUUGGUGAUAGUUAUCGUGGUGCCCUUGAUUGUCUCUCAGUAUGGAAGCCUCAAGGAUUACAAUGAACAGCACUGUUUUAGAUUCCAGAAAGAACUUGCUCGUACAUAUGUGAAGGUUUUAAACUAUAUAAUAGUCGCCAUUGUCAUAGCCAUUGCACUAAUUCUCUUGGUCUUCCAGGUCUUGAUCAUUAUUUUGAUGGCGAGGAAGCUACGUCAUUCCUUACUAUCCCAUCAGGAAUUCUGGGCUCAGCUGAAGAAUCUAUUUUUUAUAGGCAUCAUCCUCAUUUGUUUUCUUCCCUAUCAGUUCUUUAGGAUCUAUUAUUUGCAGGUUGUGGUACACACCAAUGACUGUGACAACUAUGUGGCAUUUUAUAAUGAGAUCUUCUUGAGUGUUACAGCCAUCAGCUGCUGUGAUUUGCUCCUCUUUGUUUUGGGGGGGAGCCAUUGGUUUAAGCAAAAGAUAAUUGACUUAUGGAACUGCCUUUUGUGUCAUUAACCACAAGCUCCAGUAUUCACCCAUUUAUACUGGAAAUGAAAAUGGACAUUUACUGUUUGACUAAAACUGUACUGGGAUCUAUGAAAUGUCAGAGUUCUGACCCCAGUACUUACUUUCCGCUACAGUUUCUGAAAAUGCCCAUACAAAGAACAGUGCCGUUGAAUCUGCCUGCAGUUGCAAUACUACAUCACUUUCCUAAAGAAUGCCUACUUGGCCCAGGCA